UGUUGUCAUUAAUAAAAGCUGGGCUGUACUCUCUCUCUAUCUCUCUCUCUCUCAUUCUGUCUCUGUGCAGUGUUUUAUCUUCUACUUCACUCUCAAACGCCAAAGCCCAAGGCAUUUUCUUUCUUCUCCUGCUUGUUCUCUCCGCAGCCCAUUGCCAUCUUCUUUCUUAAAAAACAAUAAGACAGGUUGAAAUAAACAGAGAAAAAGAGAAAAAGGCUGCAACUUUUUCAUUCUUGCCCCAAAUCCCAUUUUAGAUCUUCACCAAAGCUUCCAUCUUUGAGCUCUGUUCAGCUUCAUUCCCACCAGGCUCUGUUGAACCAGAUGGAAUGAAAUUUGGGCUGGUGCUGAAGGCUUAGAAUUUCAAGGCUCGAGUUUUCUUGAGAUUCAAGGAUGGCGGGUGGGAUCCAUACUGAUGUUUCGUUGGAUUAUGUUGAAUUCCAGAUUUAUCCAAGCCAGAACAGGUACGAGGCUUGCAUAUGUUGGGACAACGAGGUAGAGGCGGUGGCUUCUGGGGUUCUCGAGCAACUGGCACAGCAUUCUUCGAAAGUUAAAGCUUUGAGCUCGAAAGGGCGGGAUGCUUCUUUUAAACUCGAACCCCCGGAUAAUGUUAGCAAUGCUAAAUGGUUUUCGAAAUCCACUUUAAUUAGGUUUCUUAAUAUUAUUAAUUCGGGGGAUAUAUUGGAUAAAGCAAAUGCGGUGGAGAAAGAGAUAUCUCAGCUGGAGGAAGCCCGGGGAUUUCACCUUUCUUUAUAUGCAAAGGCUGAUGAUGAUUCUGCUACAUCGGAUUCUUCCAAGAACGAAUUGCUUCGAGCAAUGGACUUGAGGCUCGGUGCGUUAAGAAGCGAUCUCGCUGAUGCUUUUGACCAAGCUGCUCCCGAGGAGAUUGUUGAGAUUGGAAAGUUCAGCAAUCAUUUUGGAGCUUUCGAUUUGAGGAACUCGCUACAAAAGAUUGUAGAAAAUUAUUCGGGGAAUGAUAAACGUGGUUCAGAAGAGGAUUCUCGGGUCUCGUCUAAGCCAUUGCUGCUUUCAGAGCAACCCGUAAGAUAUGGUGCCUCUCCUGCUAAAGCUGCACAAAUCGAGAGGCAGAGUUCAUCAGAAGGCGAGGAAUCGUCUUGCACGACCGAGGAGGAUCAACCAUCGGUAGAGCGAAGUCGGGCUCUAGCGCGAUCUGCUUCACCGAGAAGGUCUGCCUCCCCGAUGCGAAGAGUCCAAAUUGGACGGAGCGGGUCUCGGAGACCCACCGCUUUAGCCAUCAAGAGCUUACAUUACAUUCCUGCCCGAGUAGUGUGCCAGAAAGACGAAGGCGAAAGCAGUAGUGGUGGCGAGGAAGCAUCUGAGAAAACGUCGAAAAAUGUGCGUAGAAUGAGCGUGCAAGAUGCAAUAAAUCUUUUCGAGAGAAAACAGAGAGGAGAUCAAACCUCGGAUGUUCAGAAAACGGCAAGUGUAGUCUCCGCUGGUGCAAAUAAAGCGGUUCUCAGGAGAUGGAGUGCUGGAAUGUACGAAAGCUCUAAAAAUCCCGCAAAUGCUGCUUCAAUGACUACCGAGGAGAACUUAGAAGGCGAAGAGACUAUGAGUGCUUUGGAGACGAAUUUAGAUUCUAAUACCGUCGAGGCUGCUGAAAUUGAACUCGAGCCCGAGCCCGAGCCUGUAUGUGAAGAAAGAGUAUCCGGUCUAGAAGGACAGCGGGAUGAUACUCUCCCUAACGAGACCGAAGAAAGCAGAAAGUUAACCGCCUCGGCUGAAUGGAGUCGCCAAAAGGAAGCCGAACUAAACCAGCUGCUGAUCAAAAUGAUGGAAACGAAACCCGCAAGGUAUAGAAAUGCAGCCCCGAGUGAUAACCAAGACCAACGCUUUCCCGAUCAACAGCGAGGCGGUUUGUACAAUCAUUACAAAGAGAAAAGGGACGAGAAGCUUAAAGGGGGCGAGACUGCUAGGAAGCGAGUAGGGGGGAAGGACACACAAAUUAAAGCAAAACCCGAUAUGGCAUCUGGAAAGGUAAACACUGUUAGUAAAAGACCUGCAGUUAAGAGAACCCAAACCCCGCUUAACCAUUCCUCCGAGUCUGCAAAUUCCAAAACCGAAACCCCUAAACCUGCUGCUGAUGUGAAGAAAGCUUCAAAAAAGGCGGCAUCUUUGCCCGCCAUACGUAAGUCAUGGCCAACAGCACCGUCACCGAGAGCUAACGGGGCAUCACCCGCUAAAACACCUGUAACAACGGCUAGUUCUACAGCUACCCGGAGAAGAUCACAUCCAACUCCAACACCAUUAGUUCCUCAAUCAACCCCGAAAGUCGAGAGAUCCCAAUUGCCAGCAAAGCCUGCGAAAACAUUACCAAAUGAAGCUAAAAAGAGCGUAAGAAACUCCGCUGAAAGGAAUCAGCAAGCGGUGACAAAAGCUAGUAGCAAACCUACAAAAACCAAAGCUCAGGCUCCUCGAGUAAGUUCUGAUUCCUCUGCAAAACCGAAACUAAACAAGGUAACCAAGAAAAGCAGUGUGGUUCCUCUCGAGCCAAAGGAUACACCAAAGGAACCGAAGGAACCAAAGCCUUUUCUGCGUAAGGGCUCCAGGACUGGACCUGGUGUUGGUCCCGUCGCAAAAAAGAAAACUUCUCCACCUCCACCAGAACAAUCGUUGAGGGACUCGGUUGAUUUGGUUGAAGCAGAGAAGAAUGAAAAAGAUCCGAUAAUUCCCGAACCUUCCAAUCAAAAGGGCGAUGUACUUCUUGCAGACCCAAAAGUCGAGUUAGAUCUAGCAAGUGAAACUCAGAUAGGCAGCCCCGAGAAGUGUGAAGUAGACACAGAAAGUCCUAAUCCGGUUGCUGCUCCAAAAAACGAAGACGAUUUUUGCGAGAAGCAAGAGUGCGUUAAUAUAAAAAACGAGGUCGAAGAAGAAAUCAACAUAUCCCCCGCAGCUUGGGUGGAAAUAGAAGAGCACGACAACGAAAAGGCUCCAAACAAUGAUGGUGCUAGCCAUAUCGACUCUUCAGCUGAUGUGCCCGUGAGAGCUGCCAGUCCACGAGUCCGCCAUUCUCUUUCCCAAAUGCUACUCGAGGAAAGCAGUGAACCCGAUAGUAUGGAUUGGGGGAAUGCCGAGAACCCUCCAACCAUGGUCAAUCAGAAAGAUGCACCAAAAGGAUUUAAGAGACUCCUUAAGUUUGCUCGAAAGAGCAAGACUGAUGUAAAUUCAUCGGGUUUCUCGAGCCCUUCUGUCUUCUCAGAGGGAGAGGACGACACCGAGGAAUCUAAAGGUAGUAAGAAGGGUUCCGACAAUCUACUGAAGAAAGCCACACUUCAUGCUUCGAACUAUGGGCAGUAUGGUCAUGAACUUCCUGCCCAAGCAACUAUCGGCCAAUUAGUCGCUCAAAGCAUAUCUCAGAAAUUGGAGGAGGGUCACGUUUCAUCUUCAGUAACCACAACAAAAGCACCGAGAUCAUUUUUCUCUCUUUCAGCAUUCAAGGGGAGCAAACAGACUGAUUCUAAGCUCCGAUAAUAUACUUUUCCAUAAAUGCAGUAACUUUUGCUCGGGCAAUGUUCAGGAAAAAUGUUUUUUUUUUUCUUGCAUCCAAAGAGGGGGUGGAGUACAUGCAUAUCCUGUUUAUAUGCACUUUAUAGAUCUGACUGUUUAACGCAAGAUUCAUUCCGGUAUAAUACAAUAUAUCGCCAUUUUAUGUAUCGAUAGAAACUAAGGUAUUUUUUGUAGGAUCAGAACCCAUGUUGAAUCUGUAAUUUUCAUUACUCAGCCUGGCCUUUUGUUUAUAUCUUAUAUAAUCAUUUGCAUGUAUGCUUCCCAUUUGAAGUUAGUAGUUGAGAACAAUAUUUUACUGAACUUUGCUUAGCUUGCUUACUUUAUUGAGCCCAAGCUUGAGCUUGAAGCCUUGAAUAGAUGUUUAUUGUUUAU